UGACGCGAAAUGACGUCCACAGGAGCAUGGAGUUUGUCCAGAGGCACCUGUCAGAUAUCGGAUUUGAGUGUGCGAGAUGUGAGCGAGCGAAACGGACCUAAUCUCUCACACAGGAUCUCUCGCGCAAAACCAUCGUCGUCCACACGCGUACGGUACGGGUUCGUCCAAGGGCCGGGAGUCAGUUUCAAUUCUCGUCCGUACGGAAAUUCAUCCAGUGCACACAGCACACGAGCACCCCGUCAUCAUCGUGGUCGUCGCGGUCGUGGUUCGCCUGUCGGCGGCAUCUUCGUUGUCGUGGUCGUCUGUUCUCUGUAUCGGUCGCCGCAGCGGUGGAACGUUUUGGCAAGUUUUCCCGAACCUUCCGAACGCGCGGCUUGGCACUUCCAGUAUGUAGAAGGAUUUGUUUGGAGAAAAUCAACACGAAUAACAACCAUCACGGAUAAUAAAUCAAGUGAAGUGUGCAAAAACCAAGCAAAGUGUAUGAGCUCCGUUUGGUAGUAAAAGAAAAUCGCCCUACAAAUCCAAGUGUGUGUGUGUGCCGUUUGUAAAUGUGUGUUUAUUGUGGAAGUGUAAAUCCCACUGGUUGAGUGGUACCAAUUCGUGUGAAAUAUAAUAAAAUCAAAACAUCAUCAUACCGCCGUGUCCCUUUUCUCAACCAUCCGGCAAUGGUGUGAGCGUGUGUGCGUGUGAUCUCAGUGUGUGUGUGUGUGUGUGAACGGGUUUUUUUAAACCUUCCUAUCCGGUGGAUUGUGAUUGUGAGGCCGAAAAAAGGUCCAGAGAAAUAGCAUGGCAGCAAUUUUGGAUGCGAAUUGUUGGUGGUCGUGAGUGGAUCGGUUUGUGCAGUGUGCUUCGCACGCACACCCACAACCCACCCCUAAAAGGGAGCUAUAAACGUCUACAAGCAACAGCACGCAUAGGAUAUAGCCCGAUCCGACCGGCCUGCGGGGUCUGCAGCGUCACGAUUGUGUCCCCAUUCACGAAACUCGCACAUUCCGGAGGCGACGUUUGUAGCUACCCUUUUCGCUGGGAAAGUGGUACGUGUUUGCGUUACGAAGGUUUUGUUCCGGUAGUGUGCCACAGUGUGUGUCUGUGUGUGUGUGUGUGUAUGUGUGUAGUGUCUGCCCGUUGCUGCAGCGUGAAAAACAAAGCACAAAGAAAAAAAAAAAGAGGAUACUCAACACUCACACUGCUGAUCCGGUUGACCCUCUUCUAUUGGGUCGCAAACGUAUGUGAACAUUCGCUGGCGCAAGGCGCAAGGCACAAAAAACGCCGUCGACAAUUCAACGCAACAACGCACAGCACCCGCCAAAACCGCCCGUAGGCAGCAGCACCGGCAGGUUCCCGUUCCGUCGACGACGCCUUCGGAAUAAACAAAGUCAUCAAAAUUUAAGAUUGCAGCACAGCACGGUGGAACCGGCGGAAGGGUUGAGUGACCGUUUUAUGAAAUGUGUUCCAGGUCUGGUGCGACCAUGUUCGUGCAUCGUUACCGGGCUGGCGUUAUUAAAUGCUGUAAAAGUGUAAGCUAACGUUCGUGCGUUCGUGGGAAUGUGUAGUGUGGCGAUGAGGCGGCGUGAGCAUAACCAUUAGUGGACGGUAAAGGAGAAGAAGAAGCAAAAAAGAAAAGCCGUACUUCAGAAGCAGCAAAUUAAUUUUCUCGCCUGAAUAACGAUAACUUUUUCCAAUAUCCAGUGUAACGGGCGAUGCCAGUGUACCACUGGCAGGGCGGAUUUGCUUUCCCGUGUGCGCAGUAGUAAGCGCCGAGCAUGGUCUGGCGUGGCGUGGAAAAUAUCUGCUUAAGAUUUAUACGCCAGCGAACCGAACGGUUAAAAUGCAUUAACACUACGGCAAGUUCACGUUGGAAAGCUAUUUGAAAGAAGAAAAAAAAGUAAUAACGGGGUUUUUUCUUGUGUGUGUGUGUGUGUGUGCUGCAGGACAACGGAAGCAACGUGCGCGUCUCCGGGUACGUGUGAAGUAUUAAUUUCUCGCGAGAAAAAGUCAUCACGAACACGGUGCACGUCGCAUAAAGUGAGAUAAAUUGAAUGGCUGCUUUGGCGCAGACCACGCGCUCCAAGUGGCAGUGGGGAUGACGUAGUGUUGGGUUGGUUUGUGCGUUUUGUGCACCGCAGGCAGGUCGCGUGUGCCACCGUUGAAUGUGUCGUGGAAUUCGCGGUUAAACGUUCAACCGUGGUGCAGUAGUAGAAGCAACCAAAAGUGAUCGAUGCCCCGGCGCACGGUCGAGGACACGGUCGAGUGAGAAAGUGGUAGGGAAAAAUUAAUAUAGUGCAAGAAAAAAGUUCAUUCAAAUAGAAAACAAAUCGUGCGAAAACGGUGAAUCAUGAUGCUGGAACUUAAAUUGAUUCUUCUCUGCCUGCCAUCGAUCCUCCUAGCGACAACGCUGGAUUCAGACAACAAAUCCAUACUGGCCAACACGGACUGGAAAAAGCUGUGGCUAGAGUCGGGGCAGCUGAGCUCGAGCGGCCGGAUAGACAAUCACCUCGACAGCAGCGACUCCACGCUCAUAGACGAUGGCGAGGUGAUGGCGCACAACACAACCGUCCAGCUCGGUGGAGUCGCGUUCCUGGUGUGCAAAGUGGCCGGCGUGGACAGAGUGGGUGUAAAUUGGAAUCAAAUUUCAUGGAUCAGACGGCGGGAUUGGCACAUCCUGUCGUCCGGCGCCCAGAUGUACACGAACGACGAACGGUUCGCGAUUCUGCACACGCCCGGCUCCAACACGUGGACGCUACAGAUCAAGUUUGUGCAGCGCCGAGAUCACGGUACCUACGAGUGUCAAGUUUCGACGCCGACCGGGAUCAUUUCGCAUUUCGUGAACCUGCAAGUGGUCGUCCCGGAAGCGUUCAUACUCGGUUCCGGCGAGCUGCACGUGGAUAUGGGAUCAACAAUCAAUUUAGUUUGCAUAAUUGAGAAGAGCCCACAGCCACCGCAGUACGUGUACUGGCAGCGCAACGAUCGGAUGAUCAACUACGACGACUCGAGGCGGGACAUCACCAUCGAAACAACGCCCGGGCCACGGACGCAGAGCCGCCUCAUCAUCCGGGAGCCGCAAAUCAACGACUCGGGCAACUACACCUGCUCGGCCAGCAACACCGAACCGGCCAGCAUAUACGUGUUCGUGUCCAAAGGCGACAAUACGGCAGCAAUCUCGCGCCGAAAAACGAGCGGUGCCGCCGCCACGUCACAGCUGUCCGCCAUCCUGUUCGAGUGUUUGUUCUUUCCCAGCGUGAUACUAUCGUAUCUGCUCAAGUCGAGCUAUGCCUAAUGGAGCAAACGUAAAGCAUACGAAGGAAAGCACGAACGAGGCGAAGGUGUUCAGGUGGGGCCCAAUAGUCGCCCAUAGCGCAAUACAGGUUGAUUGAUCCCGGGGACGCACGGACGGACAGCGAUCUAGAAGAACGAUUUAAAAAAAACGCAAAAUUAUGUUUCACUUCAACUGUUCAACCGAUACAGCUACUUCCAAGAAGUGUGAGACAAAAGUUUUCUUUAAGUUGGGAGUGGCAAAAGAGCAGCGAAAAAUCGACACAUAAAAAUAAAACAGUUAAUCUCGAACAAAACAAUCUUCCGACUCAGUGGGAAGACGAGUGAACUCUUUGUAAAUAGGUAGUGGAUCCCACUUUCUAUUCAUUUGUUUCCACCUUGGUUGAGCCCUCACCCUUCAUCAUCAUCCCGCUCUAUCUCACCUUCCUCCUUGCAGCUGGUGGACCAGAAUCGAAUUACCCGGGGUGCAGCUUUCCUCUCUUCCUCGUGCAAACUUGCAAAAGUGCAGAAGGCGGAAGAAGGAAACCAUUAAAUAAAUUAACUCGCUGCAUACGAAAACAAGCAAUAUGAAGCGGAAUGCAUUCACACUAACAAACAAACGAACGAGCGAAGUAAAAAAAGGAGCACAAACAUUCUACACUGCCGCCCAUGUGUGCACCAUUGCGGAGCGUUGAAUUGGCAAAGAAAACUUUCAGCUCACACACGCACACACACGUUGGAAUGAGCUCGCCCCGAACUUGCGUCACACACCCCCGUGCGCGAGAGAUGGUCACGUGUAAAUAAAUCGAGAGCUUAAAAAUUAAAGGCAAAACGAAAGCCUCAUCCACUUCACUUUUCCCACUGCUUCGUGAAACAACCAGUGCGCGAAAGGGUUGGACAAAGGGAACACAAACACGAUAAAGGGUCAAAUGCUGGCCACAAAGGGUUUAACAUCGCCGGGGCCGGAGGGACGGGGCAGGGAGGAAUCGCGCUCGCGUGUGGUGCGUGCAUGCAUUGUUAAAACGCAAUACUGCUGCUGCUGCUGCUGCUGCUGCUACUAUUGCCGAACAUGAAUUAAUCAAACAUGACUUGUGCCACCGGAAUCGAUGGUGCAUGAUCCGUUGUUCCGGGAACGAAGGGAAGAAAUUUCGCUGCAAGCAAACCAAUUGCAAAUGAACGUUUGGGAUGGCUCGGGGUGCAGCAGGAUACACAGCAGGAGCAGACAUGAUCCUUUUAUGAUCCGCUGAAACGCUCCUCCUCGUUGAACCCCGAAAGCACCGCGGGGUAUGGGUGGGCGGGUGUGCGCUGGGACAAAAGUGUAAAAACAACCAUUUGAAUAAUGAACGCACAGGUUAAACUUGAGUGAACAACAAAGAGUGCACCACAUGCCGGGUUGCAAAUUAACCCGAAAUGGUAAAUUGAACCAAACAGGGAGGCAGAGAGAGAAAGCGUGGAAAAACAUUCAGCAAGGAAGGAAAUCAAAACCGAAAUUGAACCGAAAUCGUUUGUAGCGAUGUUCAGAAUUUGUAAAUACACAAAAACAACCCCUUCUCCUACAGCCUCCCUCGCUUUUUUUUUUCGCUGUGUGUGUGUGUGUGUGUUCCACAUCGAUAGACAAAUCAACACAAAAGUGCAUUAAAAAUGCAUCAUCGUAAAAAAACAAAAAAGCAUUCGUGGGAAAAAAAAACCCCGGCUCUCAAUAAGCCAAACAAAUGGAUGCGCCAGAUAAUGAAGAGGAAAAAAACCCUUCCCUGCCUGCGUCCCAUACCCAAUCGUUUGCCUAUCAACGCACAUUCUGAAGCGUUCCGAUAACGCAUACAAUGCUGCCGGACCCAUGCCUGUGGAAUGCAAACACACUUUCUACCGAGGAAAAAGGCAUUCACCCAACCUGGAAGGCGCGGAAAGAAAGCGGACCUGGAGGUUUUUUGGUUUUAUGUUUUUGCCCGGCCCCGAUAAACUUGUGAUCGAGUGAAUGAUCGUGAAUGUUUCAAUAAUUGGUAUUGGCGAGUGAAUGCUGGUUUUUUUUUCUAUUUUCUUUUUUUUUUUGCUUUUUACAAACAUUGUGUACCUCAACUCCCAUCCACAAUCGCAGGCACGUGCUACACGGGGAGGAAACCGAAUGGAUCAAAUCCGCAUAUAAUUGGAGCUUAUCGCAAUGGGCCCGACCAUUAAUAAUGCAAACAGUUACGCGCUGGGCUGGGCGUUUUGUUGCAUUCUUCCUCUUUCCUUCGCUUCUGUAUACCAUUGAAAAUGGGUUUUUCCUCCUUGCAAAUGCAUCGGAAAAUGUUUACCCAUUACUGUUUGACCGUUGCACACUUCCUCUGCCACAGCACGAGCAGACCUGCGCUGCUCUGUUUGCUAACGCUUUUCAAAUAGCCGCCUGAAUGUAGGCAAUCGAUGGAUCAGAUUGGUUGAAAAUGAAUAAAAAUUCAAUCCAAAUUAAAUUCCUUUUUUUUAAAGGUUUUUUUUCGCUUUUGCAAAAGUUAAUGUCGUUCUAAAUAUUAACUUUAUCACCGUCGUGCCCUUUGACCUUUCCUUUCCUCGCAUGAUUCAGUUGUGUCGUCCUUUGUAUCACAUUGUUUCAACUAAUUCACGCUCCAUCGUGUUCGUGAUCCAAUGCGCCCUUUACUUCAUUACUGCUACGAAACAAAAAAAUCCAUCCCUUGCAGAAUCCCCUCGAGAAAGGUUCUAAAGAAGCCCUCCUCAGAAUUGCCAAAGACAGCGAAAAAAGGGGGCGACAGCAUAAAACAAGACCAACAAAAAAAAAACUCCCAACUUUUGUCCAUCUUUUUUUUGUGUUACCUCCCACUUCACUGCGGCAACUCCCAAGACAAUGGCACAGUGGCACACGAAAGCAAUAAACCGGGGGCAAAGAGCCGGCACCAUUGCGACGCAGUGUCAUCGUCCCAACUCGCCCCCUUCGGCCGAAACAAUGAUGCACAGUUUAUGAAAAGCUCAUCGGAAAGUAUAAUUUACAGUUCGCUUUUCACUUCAUUCCGAUGAACUCGUGCGAAUGUGGAGCAGGGCGUGAAUGGGGGAGAUUGAACGUUGAACCUUUUUCUGCCAUUUUGGAAUUAUGGUUAAACUAUUCACGCACACACACACACACACACACACACAGGGCGAAAUAUUCUACUCGAAACCACUCGAAAAUGAAGUUUCAAAAUGAGACCCCAUUGCUUCGCAGCGAAACGACCAACAACUGCCACUGUUAGCGCAAUACCGUCGUCAUCAUCGUCUUCUUCAAAGUAAACCAAUCAAAUGGAACAAUCACGCGCGCAAUCUCGUUCUCAAGAACGGUUGUGCUUGAAACUGUGCUCCGUUUUAGCGACGGCUAAUGGGCAGAAAAUGUGCAAAGGGGGUGGCACAGUGGCGUCGAAAAGCAAAUGCAAAUGCAAACCGGUACUGGAGAUUUGUAGAUGAAGUGCGUUUGUGUGUAUGUGUGUGUUUGUGUGUGAGAGCGAGAGAGAGCGAAUGGAAUGGCAUUUCUUGAAGUGGUUUAUGAAGGGUUUUUACGUCCCAUUUCUUAUGGAGUGGUGAAAUUGAACCAGACCGAUAAAGUGGUCGUGCGAACAUUGUUUGAAAUUGCGUAAAACCCGAUGCACUGCAUCCCGCGGCCAAUAUUCCAGUCCACCAGUAGAAGGGUUAAGAAUCGGUACAGUUAAGGCAAGUGUAUUACAUCUUAUAAUCCGCACUGUCGCCAGCCGGGUACGGACACCGGUGAUGGAAGCAGAGCGUCUGUACAUAGUUGAAUUAAGAAAGCAUGUAUCUGUUAUGUUUAGUGAGGAAUUUAAUUUCAUUCACCAAAAAAAACAAAAACUAAACGAAUCCAAUCAUACACACAAACACGUAAAGUAGAGCAGAGAAAAGAAAUAAAAACUAAAGCAAAGGCAGUUGCAAAACACACGGAACACACACCUUCACGCUUUGUCUAUCGAAACAGGCGCGCAAUGUAAAAUAAAAGUUCUGUUUCGUUACGUCCCUCCCUUCUUGACUAUACACUCCUGUGCGAAAUGAUGAGUUUACUAUGAGUUUCGAUUUGCAAAGCAUAACUCAAUCUUGGCUGUCUCUACACGAUCGUGGUUCGUUUUUCCGUUACACUGCUCCGAGCAGGAGUGGUGGUGCAGAGGAAGUAUAAAUCCCCACACGCUAAACUAAAUUGCAUGAUAAAAAGAUAGUAGAAAGAUUUAACGAGAAAGUAAUAAAUUUGUUACCAUUUUCUGGAGAUAUUCUAGUUACAGUGACAUAAAUUUAAAGAGAGAAAAAAAAAUACACAACACACUCACUCACAAACACACACAUAUAGUCUUUCCGUUGAAUAGUGUAAAGAAAAAGAAAAUUAAAUUAAAACUUACAAAACACUUACAAUAACUGUAGCGAAAGCGGAAACGGAAGUCCGAAACAAGGGGACAAAAAACACGUUCACACAAAGACCAGAUAAGAAUUACAAAAAAAGAAAAAGAAAACCACUGCUCGAUGUGGCAAAUAAUGGAUUGGUGAAGAAGAAAGAAAAAAAAAUAAAGACAUUCACAACUAAACUGUAAAAUAGAAACACUUUUAGUUGCUGAAAUAAAGUAAAUAAAAAACAAAAGACGAAAAAAAAAACAAAACAAAAAAUAACAGAAUGAAAACAUCACAUGAAACAAUUACAAAAGAAAGGGUGGCAAAAGCAAACUAGCAAAAUAGCAAACACUUACAAGGUAUUCACACGAAAUUCAUUACCACAAACUGAAAGGGAAAA